GGAGGCUGUGUUGAAUGAAACGCCUCCUUUACAGUGAUCAUGUGUAUGAAUCCCGGAUGUGACAACGCCUGUGUUGGAUUGAUACGAUGCAGACCAUAAAGUGUGUGGUAGUGGGUGACGGUGCAGUGGGAAAGACCUGCCUGUUGAUCUCCUACACCACCAACAAGUUCCCCUCGGAAUACGUCCCCACGGUGUUUGAUAACUAUGCAGUGACAGUGAUGAUCGGAGGGGAGCCCUACACUCUGGGGCUGUUCGAUACAGCAGGUCAGGAGGACUAUGACAGACUGCGACCACUCAGCUACCCUCAGACAGAUGUCUUCCUGGUGUGCUUCUCUGUCGUAUCACCUUCCUCUUUUGAGAACGUCCGUGAGAAGUGGGUCCCAGAGAUCUCCCACCACUGUCCGCGUACACCCUUCCUGCUGGUGGGCACCCAGAUGGACCUGAGGGACGACAGCAACACAGUGGAGAAGCUGGCUAAGAACAAGCAGCGGCCCCUGGCCCCUGAGAGCGGAGACAAGCUGUGCCGGGACCUCCGGGCCGUCAAAUACGUCGAGUGCUCCGCCCUCACCCAGCGAGGUCUGAAGAACGUGUUUGAUGAGGCCAUCUUGGCCGCGCUGGAGCCGCCAGAGACCAAGCCCAAGAAACGCUGCGCACUCUUAUAAGAUAUUUUAAAUUGGGCCAAAGAGCCAGGGGAAAGACCAGACGGGGGGGAGACAGGCAGACACGGAGAACAGACAAAGCUGGGAGGGGUGUAAAGGGAGGGAGAAAGAGAGGACGAGUGAGACAUUUGUUUAAUAGUGCCUUCAGCGAUACAGGUGGGGAGGGGCGAUGUUGCGUGGAUAGGUAACAGAGACCUAGAAAUACAUCCUAAUAUGUAAUAGAAUGUAUAUCUAUGUUUCUUGUAACAAGCUGAUCAAUUCUCUUCCAGACCAGAAAAGUCCUUCUUAAAAGGAGACCGACAGAGCAAUAUAGGGAAGAGACAAGGUUUUGAAACCUCUAUUGCCUUAAAGUUACAGUACAAACAAAAUAAGUUAGACAAAAGGAGGAAGAGACCGUGUGGAGUUUAUUUUGUGUUUGAUGAUACUUAAAAACUGACUGGAAAAAUGUGCUUAAUCUGUGCAAUCUAGACGCACACAGGCCUCAUCUAGACGCACACAGGCCUCAUCUAGACGCACACAGGCCUCAUCUAGACGCACACAGGCCUCAUCUAGACGCACACAGGCCUCAUCUAGACGCACACAGGCCUCAUCUAGA